AAUUCAGAGAAGGUUGCAGCUUGGAAACUCUCGAAUUGAAUGAGAAUUUUCUUGAAGGAAGGAUACCUCGAUCACUUGCCCACUGCAAAGCAUUAAAAGUAUUGGAUCUUGGAAAUAAUCAAUUGAAUGACACAUUUCCUUGUCAUUUGAACGGCUUAUCUAACUUGCAAGUUCUCAUCCUUCAUUCCAACAAGCUCCAUGGAACUAUUGUUUGUCCACAGAGUCACUCAAUAUGGCCAUUACUUCAAAUAAUGGACGUAUCUUCCAAUCACUUUAUCGGUGAACUGAAAGCCCAAAGUCUUUUUAAUUGGCCAUUGAUGAUGGCUGGAGUAACUAAAGAGCAAUCAGAACCAAGCUUUAUACAAACCUCUUUUUCAGGUGGUGCUAAAUACUAUCAAAAUUCAAUUUCACUCAACUUUAAAGGUAAUUCCUAUCAGUUGCAAUAUAUCCUAACAAUCUUCACUAGCAUUGAUUUCUCCAACAAUGCUUUUCAUGGUGAGCUGCCAGAAGAGUUGGGAAAUUUGAAUGCUCUUGUAGUUCUCAACCUCUCUUACAACUCUUUCUCCGGCCAUAUUCCAUCAUCACUUGGGAAUUUGAGCCAGAUUGAGUCAUUGGAUCUCUCUUGGAAUAACUUGAGUGGGAAGAUACCUGCGCAACUUGCGAACUUGAAUUUCCUAGAGUACUUGGACCUAUCCUUCAACAAGUUGUCGGGAAAGAUCCCAACAGGCCCUCAACUUCAAACAUUCAAAGCAUCUUCAUAUGAAGGCAACCAAGGACUCUACGGUCCACCAUUGACAGCAAAAGAUCCAACAGUGACUCCACCUACUUCUUCAGAGGGAUCAAAUUGGAGUUCAAAGAGCGAACAAGAGUGGAUGUUAAGGGGUGCUGAAGUUGGGUUUCCGGUUGGGAUUACCGUCUUUGUAGGGCCUAUCCUUUACAUCAAAAGGUAUAGGGAAUGGUAUUGCAAACAUCUUCACAUACUGAUCAUGAAAAUCCUACGAAAGGAAGAUAAUAUUACAAGGGCAAGGAGGAGGAGAAGGAGGAACCAACAAAGGCAGAGACACUAGACCCAUAGAAAUCAAGUAGAAGUCAAUCAAGGGUGUUGCUGUGUCGGAUACUGCUGUGGAUACCAGAUAUGUAAUGUAUUGAACUAAAGAUUUUACGCAUGUAUGGUGAAAUAAAGAAUCAUAGUAAUUAGUAUAGUUUGUAAGACUUUAAGAAUUGUAUAAGUAUCAAGGUAUGACACUUUAUAAUCA